AUGAAUUCAACAAUUGUAAAUGAAAACAAUCAUUUAAAUUUUGCAGAGAAAUGUUGGAAGGGAUGGUUUGAUUAUUUCGAGGAUGAAUUAUUUGCAACAGCUUUAAUUUCAUUUAUAAUGCAUGAGGUUGUAUAUUUUGGUCGAUGUGCACCUUAUUGGAUAGCAGAUUUUAUUCCAUUUUUUCAUAAAUAUAAAUUACAACCUAAUAAAAUCAAUACAGUUUCAGAACAUUGGCAAUGUUUGAAGAGUGUUUUGAUAGUACAUAUUUUUUUUGAUUUACCUUUGAUUUUUUCAUUUCAUCCAAUUGCAACAUUUUUUGGAUUGGAUGUAACAGUUGUACCUUUUCCUCAUUGGCAAAAAAUGGCAUAUCAAGUUGCUAUUUUUUUUGUAUUUGAGGACACUUUUCACUAUUGGUUCCAUCGUCUUUUACAUUAUGGUUCAUUUUACAAAUAUAUUCAUAAACAACAUCAUGAAUAUUCUGCACCUUUUGGCUUAGUAACAGAAUAUGCGCAUCCUAUAGAAGUAAUGAUUUUAGGUACUGGUACAAUUGGUGGUCCACUUAUAUGGGUCUCAAUAACUCAUGACCUUCACCUAGUCACUAUGUUCAUCUGGAUCACCUUACGGUUAUUGCAAGCAAUAGAUGCACAUUCUGGCUAUGGUAAACAUAAUCAUAUAUUUGUUUCUUUUAAAAUAAAUUAA